AUGACCAGCCCCGACGCCGCCGCAAGAGACAAAUUCUACGAGGACCUGCACGCCCUCUCGACGACUGUGUCGAAGGCGGACAAGUUAAUUGUCCUUGAUGACUUCAACGCCCGAGUCGGCACACACCAUGCUGCCUGGAGAGGAGUGCUGGCUUCCCAUGGGCACCGCAGCCCAAACGACAAUGGCCUGCUGCUUCUCCUCACCUGCGCAGAACACUGCCUCAUGCUGACGAACACGUUCUUCUGUCUGCCGGAGCGAGAGAAGGCCACCUAG